GAUGAGCCAGUGUCUGUAGAGAAAGACCCGCACACACCAACCACAGACAGGCUGCAACAGACAGGCUCCAGCACCACAGACAGGCAGCCGGAGCCGCACACAGACACACACACACACACAGACAGACAGGCAGACAGACAGCCGGAACACACACACACACACACACACGGAGAGAGGCAGCGCUAGCAGGAGGCUAACAGCUAACAGCGACAUGGCGAGCGCCUCGUACCACAUCUCCAACCUGCUGGAGAAGAUGACCUCCAGCGACAAGGACUUCAGGUUUAUGGCCACUAACGACCUGAUGACGGAGCUGCAGAAAGACUCCAUCAAACUGGACGACGACAGCGAGAGGAAGGUGGUGAGGAUGAUUCUCAAACUGUUGGAAGACAAGAACGGAGAAGUUCAGAAUCUGGCCGUCAAAUGCCUGGGUCCCCUGGUGAGUAAGGUGAAGGAGUACCAGGUGGAGACCAUCGUGGACACGUUGUGCACCAACAUGCUGUCAGACAAAGAGCAGCUCAGAGACAUUUCCUCCAUCGGACUCAAGACCGUCAUCGGAGAGCUGCCGCCCGCCUCCAGCGGUUCAGCUCUGGCUGCCAGUGUGUGUAAGAAGAUAACGGGUCGUCUGACGAGCGCCAUCGCCAAACAGGAAGACGUGUCCGUCCAGCUGGAGGCGCUGGACAUCAUGGCCGACAUGCUCUGCAGACAGGGCGGUCUGCUGGUGAACUUCCACCCCUCCAUCCUCAGCUGUCUGCUGCCUCAGCUCACCUCCCCCAGACUGGCCGUCAGAAAGAGGACCAUCAUGGCUCUGGGCCACCUGGUGAUGUCGUGUGGUAACCUGGUGUUCAUCGACCUGAUUGAACAUCUUCUGACGGAGCUCGGCCGCAACGACAACAUGUCCACCACCAGAACCUACAUCCAGUGUACAGCCGCCAUCAGCAGGCAGGCCGGACACCGCAUCGGAGAGUACCUGGAGAAGAUCAUUCCUCUGGUGGUGAAGUUCUGUAACGUUGAUGAUGACGAGCUGAGAGAAUACUGCAUCCAGGCCUUCGAGUCCUUCGUCAGGAGGUGUCCUAAAGAAGUCUACCCCCACGUCCCCACCGUCAUCUCCAUCUGCCUCCGCUACCUGACCUACGACCCCAACUACAACUUUGAUGAUGAAGACGAGGACGACAACGCCAUGGACGCCGAGCAGAACGACGAAGACUACCAGGGCAGUGAUGAUGAGUACAGUGAUGAUGAUGAUAUGAGCUGGAAGGUUCGGCGAGCGGCGGCUAAAUGUCUGGACGCCGUCGUGUCGACUCGUCACGAGAUGCUGCCAGAGUUUUACCGCUCCGUGUCUCCUGCUCUCGUCUGUCGCUUCAAGGAGCGUGAGGAGAACGUGAAGGCUGAUGUGUUCCACGCCUACCUGUCGCUGCUGAAACAGACGCGACCGGCUCAGAGCUGGUUGGCUGAUCCAGACGCCAUGGAGCAGGGGGACACGCCCCUCACCAUGCUGCAGAGCCAGGUCCCGAUGAUAGUGAAAGCUCUCCACAAGCAGCUGAAGGAGAAAAGUGUGAAAACUCGUCAGUGUUGUUUCAACAUGUUGACGGAGCUGGUGAACGUCCUGCCAGGAGCCCUCACCACACACAUCCCUGUACUAAUACCAGGAAUCAUCUUCUCCCUGAACGAUAAGUCGAGCAGCUCCAACCUGAAGAUCGACGCCCUGGCGUGCCUCCACGUCGUCAUGGUGACGCACCCCGCCCACGCCUUCCACGCCCACGUCCCCGCCCUCGUCCCGCCCGUGGUCGCCUGCGUGGGAGACCCCUUCUACAAGAUCACCUCCGAGGCCCUGCUGGUCACACAGCAGCUGGUUAAGGUGAUCCGUCCUCUGGACAGCCAAUCAGAGGGCUCCGACAGCUUUGACCCCUCCCCCUACAUCAGCGACCUGUUCACCUGUACGAUCAAACGUCUGAAGGCGGCCGACAUCGACCAGGAGGUCAAAGAGCGCGCCAUCUCCUGCAUGGGGCAGAUCAUCUGUAACCUAGGUGACCGUCUGCCCAACGAGCUGCCGGGAACGCUGCUCAUCUUCUUAGAACGCCUCAAGAACGAGAUCACCAGACUGACCACCGUCAAAGCUCUGACUCUGAUCGCCGGCUCUCCUCUGAAGAUCGACCUGCGGCCGGUUCUCCCCGACGCCGUCCCCAUCCUCGCCUCCUUCCUCCGCAAGAACCAGAGAGCUCUGAAGCUCUGUACGCUGGCUGCUCUGGACAUCCUGCUGAGGAACUACAGCUCUGCGGUGACCCCGGUGAUGGUGGACGCCGUGCUGGCGGAGCUCCCUCCUCUGAUCUCUGAGAGCGACAUGCACGUGUCCCAGAUGGCGCUGAGCUUCCUGUCCACGCUGGCGGUGACCCACCCGUCCUCUCUGGGCCAGCUGAGCGGAGGAAACAUCCUGCAGCAGCUCAUCGCGCUGGUUCGAUCCCCGCUGCUGCAGGGAGGAGCGCUGGCCGCCAUGCUGGACUUCUACCAGGCUCUGGUGGCCACAGAGACUCCUGGUCUGGGCUACAUGGACCUGCUGAGGAUCCUGACGGGUCCCGUUUACUCCCAGAAGGCCGCGCUGCCUCAUAAACAGGCGUACUGCUCCAUCGCCAAGUGUGUCGCCGCUCUGACACGAGCCUGUCCCAACGAGGGCCCCGCCGUGGUCGGACAGUUCAUCCAGGACGUGAAGAACAGCCGCUCCACAGACUCCAUCAGGCUUCUGGCUCUGCUGUCGCUGGGCGAGGUGGGACACCACGUGGACCUGAGCAGCCAGCCGGAGCUGAAGACCGUCAUCCUGGACGCCUUCUCCUCCUCCAGCGAAGAGGUGAAGUCUGCGGCCUCGUACGCUCUCGGCAGCAUCGCGGUGGGGAACCUCCCCGAGUAUUUGCCGUUCGUCCUGCAGGAGAUCUCGUCCUCUAAGAGGCAGUACCUGCUGCUGCACUCGCUCAAAGAGAUUAUCAGUUCGGCGUCGGUGUCCGGUCUGAAGCCGUACGUGGAGUCGGUCUGGUCUCUGCUGCUCAAACACUGCGAGUGUCAGGAGGAAGGAACCAGGAACGUCGUGGCUGAAUGUCUCGGAAAACUGACGCUGAUCGACCCCGAAACCCUGCUGCCCCGCCUCAAAGGAUACCUGCUGUCAGGUUCGUCGUACGCCAGGAGCUCCGUGGUGACGGCGGUGAAGUUCACCAUCUCCGACCAGCCGCAGCCCAUCGACCCUCUGCUGAAGAACUGCAUAGGCGACUUCCUGAAGACCCUGGAGGACCCCGACCUCAACGUGCGGCGUGUUGCCUUGGUAACGUUUAACUCGGCGGCCCACAACAAACCGAGUCUGAUCCGAGAGCUGCUGGACUCGGUUCUCCCCCAACUCUACAACGAGACCAAGGUCCGCAAGGAGCUGAUCCGGGAGGUGGAGAUGGGUCCCUUCAAACACACGGUGGACGACGGUCUGGACCUGAGGAAGGCUGCGUUCGAGUGUAUGUACACUCUGCUGGACAGCUGUCUGGACCGGCUCGACAUCUUCACCUUCCUGAACCACGUGGAGGACGGACUCAAGGACCACUACGACAUCAAGAUGCUGACCUUCCUGAUGCUGGCUCGUCUCUCGUCUCUCUGUCCCAGCGCCGUCCUGCAGAGACUGGACAGACUGGUGGAGCCGCUGAGGGCCACCUGCACCACCAAGGUGAAGGCGAACUCAGUGAAGCAGGAGUUUGAGAAGCAGGACGAGUUGAAGCGGUCGGCGAUGCGAGCCGUCGUGGCGCUGCUGACGAUCCCCGAAGCCGAGAAGUCGCCGCUGAUGUCAGAGUUCCAGUCCCAGAUCUCGUCCAAUCAGGAGCUGGCGGCCAUCUUUGACUCCAUCCAGCGAGACUCGAGCUCCGCCAACAUGGAGUCCAUGGACACCAGCUAGAGACUCAGAUCCCCACAAUGCACCACGGCACCACCCCCCGACCCCCCAGACCCCCCCGCUGCUGGAGCGCUAACCCUGCAGCAUGUUACCAUGACAACACACACACACACACACACACACACACACGUAGUGACACACCCUCUCUUAGCGACCGGUCGUCCCAUGAUGCAUUGCACUGAAAUCAGCUGUUGGAAGAGAAAGACGGACACACGGACAAAAAGGACAAAAACAAAGAACAAAAAAAAAACAACAAAAAAAAUCCAGAAAAAUAAGUUCCAUUCGAGGCUUGGAAGCUCCUCCCACUUCCUGUUUGUUUUCUAGCGGGGUCGUCUGAUUGGCCGAUCUCUCUGUUCAUCAUUCUUUCUUUUUUUAGUUUCUUUUCUUUUCUUAUUCCACAAAGUUCCACAGGUACUGUACUGUAACCUGAUUGGCCGCUGCUGAGUGACUGACAGUUGGCGUGUUAUUAAAAAAAACAAAAAAAAAACUGACCAAUGGGAAACGGCCUUUUGUUGCCUGAGGCUGCGGUGACCAAUGGGAGAAGGGCUCGCUCUGUUUUUGCGGAAAAUGACGUAGGCGACCAAUAGGAGGCUUGGGUGGGCGGGGUUUUACCGUUUGUGGACCAAUCAGCUUCUUUUGUUUCCCCCCCACCUGAUUCAAUAAGCCCCGCCCCCGGGGAGAGCUCAUUGGACCAGGUCCAGCCCGGCCCGACCUGAUUGGACGGCGCUCUGGUUGUAAAGAUACAAAGUAACAAAGUUCUGAACGUUCCGUUUGUUCCCGUCAGGCAGACCGGAUCAAACUGGUUCAGACCGGAUCAGAUCGGUUCAGACUGGUUUAGACCGGUUCACACUGAUUCAGACUGGUUUAGACCAAUCCGGUCUGGUUUAAACUGGUUCAGACCGGUUCAGUCCGGUCUGGUCGGGGCUGGUUUUUGUUUUCCUGUCUCUCUGGUGAAACUGGGUCCAGUCCGGUUCUGGUUUGAUCCGGUUCUGUCCGGUCUGGUCGGGACAAUCACUGUUUGUUUAUCGCCCAAUAAAAAAUAAAAGCGGUCCAUCUCUGCCUGCCUUCAUCCGGCUGUCUGCUUCUUCUGCUUUCUUUCUGUUUGUUUCUUUAGACAAAAUGUUUUGGUGCGUCUUCAGUAUCGGUCAGUUUCUGACCACAUUAAGAGGAAAUUUGAAUAAAAAGUUUGGAAUCA